AUGACAAACGCUAUUUUCACUCUUGUUUACAGUCCUGACUACCUUGCCGGUGCAUUGGUAUUAGGAAUCCAGUUGCGCAGGAUCCAACAAGUUUCGGACCAUGAGUUCACCAUUGGAAUCUUAAUUGACGAGUCACAAUUCACCACAACUCAAUUAGAUAAGCUUUCCAAAUACUACGACGAAAUCAUUGACGUUUCACCUUUGACAUCGACUAUCUAUGACAAGUUGGAAAACGAUUUAGGAAGACCUGAGUUGGGCAAAACGUUCACAAAGGUCAAACUCUGGUCGUUGAACAAAUACGAUAAAGUAUUGUACUUGGACGCUGAUACGUUACCAUUGCUUCCAUCAGAUAAUGCUGUCUCAGUUGGUGAUCUUUUGAAGUUGGAUUUUCCUCAAAGCAAGAUCAUAGCUGCCCCUGACUCUGGCUUUCCCGACAUUUUCAACUCGGGUGUGUUUUUGUUGAAACCAAACCAAACGACAUACGCGGAGUUGGUUGCUCUAGUUAAAGAAUCUGCCGAAAACCCCAAUGUUUCUUUUGACGGUGCUGACCAGGGCUUGUUGAACCAAUACUUUAACUCUCAGCCGGACUGGGUGCUCCAAUUGCUCAAUAAGCAAGAGACAAGUGCUGAGCAAAGACAAAAUAUUGAUAACAAUUGGAUCAAAUUGCCCUUUUUGUAUAACGUGACCCCUUCUUCAGCAUAUGAGUACUUACCCGCAUUCAAGCAUUUCCAUGGCGAACCGACAUCAUUUCCAGGUGAUGUUGAUUAUAAAGAUGGAGGCUAUGACCAACAGGGCAGUGAUCAGAAAAUUUUGGACCUGACAUUUGAAACAUUGCUGCGCUAUCACUUUGCAGCAACGCAAUACGUUGCGGGCAAUGCAUCACAAAUCAAAGUUUUGCAUUUCAUUGGCCCUUUCAAACCUUGGACCUCUUCGUCUACUGCUGGCGGAAUACAUAAGGAUUGGUGGAAGUUGUGGAUUGAUGAAUUCGGACAGUCUUCAGUUCAGGAGGUGAUUUACGAUAAAUCACACCCACCAACUGCUGCUACUGCUGCUGCUACUGCUACUUUUCAGCGCAAGGUUGCAUCCAGGAAUGAGCGAUGGCCAGAUGCUGGUGGGCACCAUGGCACUGAGCACAGGUCGACAAGUUCAUCAGAUCCGUAUGCAUUAUUAGACCCAGCAAAGUAUCAGCAUUUACCUGACUAUGUCAAGCCUAGUCUUGAUUCUAUGUGGGACCCCUCCAAAGAGCCGCCACCAAAGGCAAGAAAAUCCGGUGGAGUAGGUAGCGGAAGCAGGGCAUUUGAUAACCAAUUUGGGAAACUGUAUGAUAAUCAUUGGGAUCAGUACCGCAAAGAAGGUGGUGGAGAUGACAAGGUGGAGCAUCUCAUCUCCAAGUACGACCUGUCUCGACGUACAAGAAGGCCAGCAUCACUACAAAGACCCGACAUCUAUGGUCACAAAUUCGUUAAACCUGAAAGAGUGUUUGCUUCUUCAUCAGACUAUGUUCCUAGACAUAUCUUGCGGGAUCUUGAGAAGGUCGAUAUAGGUGCUGAUGGGGAUGACACUAGACCAAACCAGCCGGAAUCAGCACGAUUGGCGGGACGAGUGGCUGAUUUCAAUGCUGUUAAUGAGUCACUUGAGAGACAAGGUUACGUUAACUCAGACUACUUUGAGAAAGUGUAUGACGAGGAAGAAGAGGCCGGCGCGGGAGAGACAUUUACAAAUGACGAGGACUUUGUAGUAGAUGAUGAAGAAGAUAGCCGUGUUCUAGCGCCAAAGUUAUUUCCAUGGGAGUUCAAGGACGGCAAUGGGCCCGAAAGAGUAUUUGAUUAA